CCUGGUCACGUGACGUUUGCUGCAGCGCGUGGAGGAAAUCCUAUGGACAGUGUUACUCUGUGUUGUUCGACUACACAACAAGUUAUGUAGCUGACACAAAGGGCAACAUACGUGACACAGACAGUGAAGAUCGAGGACACACUGAUCAUAUACAGUGUAUGAGGACAACAGAGGUCACACACACACACACACACUUCAUUGUUGAAACUAUGGGAGCAGCGAUGUGGAGAGGGGGGGUCUGCUGAGAUGAACCAUGUGGAGGAGGUCACUGGGUGCAGGCUGCACUGUGUUAGGCUGCAGGAGCGUUGGACCAAAGGGAAUCUGGGGCUCCCGUGCUGUGCGAGCAUGCAGCGCUCCUGUCCUACCUGCACACAGGAUCACAGCCCUCCAGGCCAUGGAUUCAUGGAGGAAGCACUUUGAGGAGAGAGGUGUGACAGAGCCCGAACAGUCCAGCCACUACAUCAUUGCACAUUUGUUCGGGGCCAAAACUAUUGAAAGUGUGGAGCAGAGGAAGCUAACAGAGUUUCUCAGCAGAGAGGAUACAGAGCAGAUAUGGAAGCUCUGCACCAGACGUCUCUCCAGAAUGCCUGUGCAGUAUGUGAUUGAGGAGUGGGACUUCAGAGAUUUGACCCUGAAGAUGAGGCCUCCUGUGUUCAUACCCAGACCUGAAACAGAGGAGUUGGUUGAACUUGUGCUCAUUGAUCUGGAGACGACAUCUGGGACUGAAGAGGCUACAGACGCUCUGCAUACAUGUGUGGAAGUGGGCUGUGGCUCCGGAGCCAUUUCUCUCAGCCUCCUGAGGAGUCUGCCUCAGCUUAAAGCCAUCGCGGUGGAUCAGAGCCAGCAUGCAGUGGAUUUAACAAGGGAGAACGCUCUAAGGUUGGGGCUUCAGGACAGAUUACAGAUCCAUCAUAUAGAUGUGAUGAAAGAUCCAGAAGCUGCGUUGAGACUCUGUAGCCGUGCUUCAGCUCUGGUCAGUAAUCCUCCGUACCUGUUCUCUGAGGAUAUGUCAAUGCUGGAACCGGAAAUUCUCAGGUUCGAGGACCCGUCUGCUUUAGAUGGAGGUGAGGAUGGCCUAAAUGUGAUCAAACAGAUUUUGACUAUGGCUCCAAAGAUUCUGUCAGACAAUGGUCGUGCUUACUUAGAGGUGGACCCCAGACAUCCCCCGCUCAUUCGGCGGUGGGUGGAGGCGAAUGUGGAAGAGCUGCGUUAUGUUGAGACGCGGCACGACAUCACCGGCAGACCUCGGUUCUGUAUCCUCCAGAAAGAGAACUCAUACAAGGACCCCGAGCUGGAUCUGGAUUGAGAAACUGAGAUCCUAUUACACUGGC